CAAAUUUGAAAAAAAAAAAAAACAAAGAAAAGAAGACUCAGACCCACCACCUCUCUUUCUUUCUCGGGAAAAUCUCUGUAGGUUCCUCCAUCGCUGUUCCUCUUUGAAUUGCCACCAAUAAAAAUUCAAAUUUAUAAUUGGAUAUCAAUACCACUCUUAAUAAUUGAAAGAAAGACACCUACAUUGAUUCAUUCGCGCGCGCAGCAGUCUCUAUCGAGUAGCAAUGGGUUGUCUCUUCCCUUGCUUCCGUGCCAGACCCGCCCAAUCUACUAACAGCCCCGGCCAUUCCGUCUCUCAAAGAGGUCAUGAAUCAAAGAAGAAUCGUUUGUCAGAUUUGUUUCUCUCUGAAGAAGAGAAAGCACCUCCUUCGCCUUGUAUUCAUACGGACAAAGAUCUCAACAAUAAGGCUCAGUUUCUUAAAGCUAGCGGCACAACACCACCCACACCGGUUAAAAUUAGGAAAGCAUCCGAAAACCUGGAAACUCCUCAACGUGGAAAACAAUUCACAUCUUCCCAGUUUGAUUCUUGGAUCUCCAGUAACUCUGAUGCAGUGUUUCACUUGGAUGAGAAAGCACCUGAACCCUGUGGAGAGGUUUCAGAGCAAACUCCUAGCAGUUGCAUAACUGAUUCCCACAACAGUGCAAAGAUCUCCACUGGAACUAGUGAUGUUGGUGAGGAAAGCCAAGGAAGCAUUGGUACUGCUUUCAAGGAUGGGGUGGAUAGAAACAGCAAGGUGCCACUCACAGCUGGCAACAUCAUGGGAAAAAUAAAGUCGGUGCGAUUUGAAUGUGAUUAUGAUCAAUGUUACUCUUCUAGUUAUUCCAAGAACACCACUCCAAAGAUACCUGAGAAGGCUGGAGAAAGUAAUCUCUUAGCAACCUCGCAUAAUUUAACCUCAUUGAAGCUGUCUGAUGAGAUUCAAACUCAUGGAACCAUCUUUCCUGCAAAUAAGGAAUCAACAAGAGUGCAGGCUUGCAAAGUGAAGACAGAAAUUGAAUCUCCCUUAUCAGUAACUUGUGGGAAGUUGGAAGACAGCUCGGCUAGUGUUUCUCCUUGGGUGAAGCAGAGUGAAGAGAAGAGUAACAAUAACAUGACGGCUUUAUCUACUAUAACCUCUAGGGACAGGCCUAUAAUCGGAAUGGUUGCAGCUCACUGGAAUGAGAAAGAGCAAUCACAAAUCUCACCCAAAUGGUGGGAUGGUAAUGGGAUACCAAACUCUACAAACAAGUACAAAGAGGACCAGAAGGUGAGUUGGCACGCAACACCGUUCGAGGAGAGACUGGAGAAAGCACUUUCAGAAGAAGGUGGCCAAGGUUUUAUCCCUUCAAGAAAACUUGAAGUACUGGAAGAGGCUGAGAGGGACACAGCUAUGUCACAGCUGCAUCAUUCAGCGCAAUCAACGUCAAUCGUUUCCUUUUGAACAACGUGUGGUAUAUGAUACGUAGAAGAAUCUAUAUAGCAGUGUGGUUCAGGGUUUCGUAUUGGCUUUCUAUUAUCUCACAUGAUAAUAUAUGCAGUGUCAUUUUUCUGCAAGUCUUGAGUGAUUUGGUUCUCAAGUAAUUGGUAUUUUAGAUUCUUAUAUUGUUCAUUAUCUACAUAUUCCGUCUUCUACUUUUGAUCCUUACUUUAGGCUGAUCCUGUUGAGAGGGAAGUUCUUUGAUUGAAAAGAAAUUAUUUAUUAUUCAGAUC